CCGCGGGCCGAGUAACGAUUCCAGCCGCGUUUCAUUCUCCGUUUGGACGGGAAUGACGACGACUUCCUCGACGGAUGCAUCGUGCAUUUAAAACGUCAAGAAGAAAAAUCGGCCGGGAGAGAAAUAGUACGAAGCCAUCCGCCACCCUUUCCAUCUGUCCCCAUUUUUUCCACGAACGAUUCGAGUCUAAGAAUCAUUCCCGUUCCCGUUCGCCGGGUAAUAACUUGAUUAUUCGACGCAGUAAUAAGCUGCUUUCGUUUUGCUCGCUCGUUCGACGAAUUACAGGACAGGACAAUGGUUACGUUGAUGACAGUGGUUAGCGACUCGAUCACCGUAAAGUCGUUAGAAAUACCAGUUGAUCGUGUUUUGGUAAAACCGACCGUCAACGGAAUAUGCGAGCUGCGCCGAGGAAACGAUUACCGAUUCCGAAGGGUUUAAUUAACGAUCAAGUGUAUCGGAACUAGUCGCAACUUUGGGGAAAACAUCCUCGAAGAUGGUGCAGAGUGUGGGUCGCGCCGGUGGGAACGAAAGGAACUGUUGUACAACAAUAAGGCCAUCGGGAAGCAAGCUCGAGAGAGGGAAGAUAAGAGAAGAUGGAGGAAUCGUCCCGAGUGUGACGAGCGAUUAGACUGAUAGUUUUUAUCGUGGAUCUACGAUUCUCCUUGUUGCCGGAGGGAAUUGCCUAUAGUCGAGCUUGGCGUCAUGGGGAAUGGUAUGAAUAAGGUCCUUCCUGGCCUUUAUGUCGGGAACUAUAAUGAUAGCAAGGACGCCGAUCAAUUGGAGCGCUUCGAGAUCACUCACAUUCUGGCGAUCCACGAUACGGCGCGUCAAUUGCAUUCAGACAAGCAUUAUUUGUGCAUACUGGCAGCGGACAGUCCUGAUCAGAAUUUGACCCAAUAUUUUUCCUUGUGCAAUGACUUUAUCCACUCCGCCAGGUUAAGGGGUGGGAACGUCCUUAUACACUGCUUAGCCGGCAUGUCGAGAAGCGUCACAGUAGCAGUGGCCUAUAUCAUGAGCACCACCAAUCUGUCAUGGAAAGAGGCACUCAAAGUCGUCAGAGUGGGUCGUUCCAUUGCCAAUCCAAACGUCGGGUUCCAGCAACAGCUUAAGGACUUCGAAUCCAGCCGGCUUCACGAGGAACGUCGCAGAUUAAAGGAACGAUUUCCAAGUCUGGCGCUCGCUCAGGCUGACGCAGAAGUAUGUCGCACUACUUUAAAAAAUUACGAAACCAUGGCACUGGCGCGCGAAGUGUGCGAAGGGAAAUGUGCCAUGGGCCGUCCUUGUCCAACUGGAUUGUGCCGGCAACCAUCCAAAAGGAGUCCAAGAAGAAAACCAUCCACGGGGAGUACGAGCAGCGUAACAAGUGGAAGAACACCGCCGCAAACACCAAGAUUGCUACCAUCCGCUCCACCCUCGCCAGCCAUGCACAGAUCGAGUAGCGUAGUGUCUGCAACGUCUAGACCUAGAAGUGGCCCUGCUGGAUUGCAUUAUUACACUGGUUCUGCGCCUCCUUCUAGAGCGGUGUCGAGGGUUGACCUGUCGGGAGCAGUAGCAUGCAGUAGUAGCAGUACGAGUCUGCAGUCCGUAGGUAGAUCGGGGAUCUCCACAAGCAACUGGCGGCUGACCGCAGGAUCAGCGCCCAAUACGCCGAGACCAACGCCGCCGGUUUCCCCUCAGCGUUGGCCGAGGCGAGCUUCCGCCAGACAAGCGUCCCAAUUGCCGGUCUCUCCAGAAACUCCAUCCUCGACCACGUAGCAUCUCCGAAAUUUCGCUUCGUUCUCAACCCUGCCUGAGUAACAUCAAGGUCCUCCCGUGGGAACGGAGCGCGGAGCUUCGCGUUUACGAUCUUGUCCAAGGUUCACGAGAUCCGUGCCGACUCGGUUAGUGAGUGACUGCUACUGGCUACCAACUACGAAUGUCUCACAACGAGCAACCUUUUUGCCAUUCAACGCUCGCGGAAGAAUCGAAGCUAUCCACGACACGGGAGAAACCCCCUUGAUUCAGCGGCCGGCUAAUUUUGGCCGCUAACAGCGAGUGUCUCAUAGUGUGUUCGCUUUUUGUCAUUUCCUUGCGAUACCUGCAGAAGAAGAUGACGAAGAAACUGGUUGUGCUUAAGUUUAGACAGAAACAACGGCCAUUUCUGAUUGGCUAGUGCUGACGAAUAUUGUCAUACGAGUUAGCGCUUUGCCAUUUCGUUGCGACGUUUACAGGAGAAUGGUAGCUAUCGAUGAUGAGAAAGAAGGUCUUCGAAGACGAAGAAAUCAGCUAGAUUUAAGGAAGACACGACGGUCAAUCCGAAUGAGACGAAUGAUCACGAACAGCGAAUCUUUUUGGUAUUUCGUUGCAAAGUCUCUAGAAGAACGGAAGCUGUUUACGGCGAAGAGAAGCGUGUUCGAAGAUGAAAAAGAGAGCUGUGCUUAAUUUAAGGCGGAAAUGAUACGCAAUCCCGAUGCAUAUUGUGAUAGAUCGAAAGCUUUAAAUACAGUGAGUUGCUUGUGUCAUAUCUGGCUGACGGACUACGGUGCAGCCGAAUUAACUUAAAUCUGUGUGAUUCAUUAGCAGCACGAGAAUGCACUCUUCGUUAUAGUCAAUAGAACAUCGAGAUUCUCGGUGGGAUUCAAAGUGUUGACCCUGUCUCUGGGAUCGAUGAUUAUUUCUAUUUUAGAAAAGAGACUGACAAACAGUUUCGCGACGCUAGUCAGAGCCCGAUGCCAUCGGCUUUAAACUGAAUGCUCACGUGGCCGCUUAUCAUCUUAAUCGUACAACUAUGCAAUGCUGAUGCAGCCGCUGCGACGAUCUCUUCUUCUCUUUUGCUUAGAGCGAAUGAAGAACAUUCCGCCGUGAUCGGAAUCCGAUGCAAUACUCCUACGACGCUUCAGCCAGCGAUUGUUUAACACGGUAUCCGCGUUACCGCGCGAUCGUCACCAGACGUAGCGCAAAUAUGAUUUCUGGCGUGCGUGAUGCAGCAAUCACCGACAAUCUUCGCGCGCGAUUGUAUACAACAUGACCCGCAAUCGUAUUUUUCUCGUAACCGCGUGAACACUCGUUAAUUAGCAUUUUUUUAAAAAUGGAACAAAAAUACAAGUAACCAAAGCGCACGAUAAAUAUUGUUGUUUAAGGACGAACGGAAAACCAUGAGAGGGGAAACGCGAUGCCAGGAAUAUAGUACUGUUUUAAAAUAAUAAAUAUCGAAGCUCGUCCAAAUGGGUUCACCGUUUAGUCGUGUAAAAGAGAUUUACUCGUAGUGAAGACUCUAGAUUACAUCUUUUUUCCAAUUAAUAUUAAUCGUCCAAGGAACGUAGAGAUUCGCUAUUAGAGGCUCAGAAAAUCGUCGCAUCUCGUAUUCCUCGAGCAAAUUCCUUUAUCGGCGAAUUCCUGUUAGGGGUUGCGCUACCUUGACACCCUUAAAUACUUGAAACUUCUUUUCAUCUUGUUUAUUUUUACGAAACGCGGUAUUUUUACAUUUAUUUGAUCAUACUAGAUUCCAAUGCAGUGAUACAAUUAUUGCUGUAUUCAUUUUAAAUUAUCAAUUGAAACUGCAAAUGAUAGAUGUCCGACAGUUUUCGAAAUACGUUAUUAAUUUUUUUGUACAAAAUUCGUGACAAUGUUUUUUGCUUUAAUUCAGUCAAGGUAGAGUAAUUCCUGGAACGAAUAGUUACGUUUGUAAACGCGCGCACCACGAAUCGUUGCAAUUCAAAAUGGCGUGCGAAUUUUUAGCGCCGAUGCACCAUCGCGUUCGCAUAAUCGAGCGCCGGCGAAAAACAGUUUCGAUUCAUCCUACACUUUGUUCGUCGAGUCGAAAUGGAAUCAGAACGAUUGUGUUCAGGACUCUUAGGCGAGCCGUUCGUGCGGAACGAUCGUAAUCAACCCCAGCUAACUUAUAAUUAGACUGCAAAUGUUCAUGCGUAUCUAUUCAGAUUUUUUAACAGAUUCGGUCCAAAACGAAAUUUAUAUUUCUUACAGCGGUUUCCUUAACCGCGAAGGAUCUUGCAAAUUUUAUUGCAACAUACCUAACUUGCAAACCUGAAAUUUUACUGCGACAUCAUUUCUUUUGCACUUUGUUUCGCACGCUCACGUGCACCGUAAGUACGCAAACAUUUGCAGUCUACUUGCGAUACAGCCAGAAUGGGGAAAUCGAUAUCCGGUAACCUGUAAUACAGCGCAAAGGGAGAUGAUUCUACAAGAAAAAUAACUCAAAAAUGUGGAAUAAAAUUUGUUCUCAGAAAGCUUCGUUUCCGAGAAAAUGGAACUCGACUGUUGACGAGGUACACAAGUUACAUAUACUUGCUCGGUACACAAACAUUUCUGGUUUAUGCAAAACUUUCCGUCACUUGCGAAAUUGCUGGCAUUAAAUUGCGGACAAAAAUUUGCAGAUAAGAACAAAAAAUUUAAAAAUCACCGGAAGACGAUCGUUUUCUUUGGCUAACGGAUUGAAUUUAUCUGAAGUAUAGUAAAAAUAGUUCUAAAGGGGACAUAUUUUCAGGACAAUUAAUUGUACAUUAAACGGAAGACAAAUACGUAUUUUCUUAACAAAAAACGGAGAAAAAAUAUGAAUUUUUGCAUAGACCUAAUUAUGUGUAAUUUCGGAAGUGAAUUCUUUGAGGAAUUGUAUUUUACAUUUCUGACUUACUAUAUCGCGUAUAUUAGAAUUGUCGUCAUUCUAGCCAUGUAUUAAUAUAGACGUAAUAUUCCGCCAUUUUGGAAAACAACUCGAGAAAAAACCAGGUUUUCGAACACGUCUGUGCCGGAGUCCUUCGAAUGUUGAUGAGGGAUACGAGAAGGAAGAAGGAGAACGCGAGUCGUUGUUCCUUGAAUCGUUCCAUUGAGUUUGUUUGCAAACCGUCCAUUGCAAUUGUUGGAUUUGUAGCGAAACCACGCUGUUUAGCGCAAGUUGUUAACCCUGGGGAAAGCAUAUACUACGUAUAUAUAUAUAUAUGUAUAUAUAUAUACAUGUGUAUAUACAUAUACACGAAGUGUGUACGCUAAUAAAUGGGUUUCAUGCACGCAGAGGACGAGACGAUGCCGAAAUUUCUGUCAGGAUUCAAUAAUUGAUAACUGCGGGUUAAUUCCUUCACUACCAUACAUAAGCAAGAAGUAAUUUAACGAUUGGACUACGGAUUUGAUACAUAUAUGAUAAUGAUUCAAUGAAAGAACAAAACUUAAACAAAGUUAAUGAAAGUUUCAAUCUUCGUUUAAUUGACUAACUAAAGACUAAAUCUGUAGGACCAUUAACGUCAUUUUGUUGUGUGAAAAAUCGAGACUCGCAUAAACAUGUACAGUCAAAGUUUUAUACCACUGACUUAUUGAUUGAUUGUUAUUUUUCUACUGGUUCGGAGAAUUCCAACAAAAACUAACAAAUCGAUAUCAGGUAUAAGAACUCUACUUAUUCUCGUAAUAGAUACGUGACUUCAAUAAUCCGAAAUAACUGGCACACAACGCAAGAAACGUUCUUUAUACAAAAAAUACAUUAUCUAUCGUUAUGUAAACUGCCUCUGUUCGUGCGAAAGACGCGUUUAUAGCGUACACCCUGUAUGCAUACACAGCCUAUAGGCAUAUGUUGUUACAAAAGGGAUUUCAGAAAAUUUUAUAACUUGUUGGCAAUGGUGAUUAUUAUGCGACUACGUCGUACAUUUACGUAGACACGUUGUUACACUUCUUUCGUGCACCAAAGUACUCUUGGUGGAAAACGUAUAGCGUGGUUGUAAAAUCGAUGAGUAGCUGAAAUACUCAUGCUCCUGGCACUGGGACAAACGAAUUGACAGAAACAUAAAGUACCUAUGGUUUCGGUAUUCGUUCAGAGUCACGCAUGAACUCGUUUUUCCAAGCUCGACCUUUCUUGCCCACUUCUGUUUGAACUCGAUGCUUCGUUUCUGAUUCAUCAAACGAACGCAAAAAAGGAACUGAAACAUUUUCGAAGGCCAAUCAAAAUUUUAUAGUCUUCGUAUCGGUUUACUACGUUUUUACCACGCUGCACAGUUUCCACUAAUUAUACGAUUUACCGACGAACGAGAGGCGAACGUUUGCGAGCGGAUCACCGAGUUUCAUCCCUCCCCUAUCGUCAAUACGCAAUUUCCUCGAUUCGCACGAUAGAAUCGUUUAUUUUUCUAGAAUCAUCCGAUCGAUCAUCUAGUCCGAUAAGAAGAAACAAUUAGAGGAUAGUACACUUGUACGCGCUGUUGAAGAAUGUAAAGACAGGCGAACAUGAGCGCUCGUUUUAUUCGAUUUUUUAGCGUUACCGAGUCCGGAGGGUGAUUUCCUGCGCGUUCGGUGCAUUAGAAUAUUUUUGUUACUGUCUGCGCGGUUAACACGUUCGCAACCGGCAAUUCUUUUUUCAAUCUAAUGCUCGUCACCACAUUUACAAGCUUAAAUCUAUAGCUAAAUACAGAAAAAUUCUAGCAUCGAAACAAUAAACAUAGUUGCAAAGAUCACUUUAGAAAUCACGUUUGCAGCUACUGAUUAAUUCUUAAAAAUUUUAAGCAGUUUAGGAAAUAACUUAGUACGUAAUAAACAAAGCGACAUUUUUUGUAAGUACCGUUUUAAAUUUUAUUCAUAGGCGUAGGAAAGCAAAGUUUUAUACUUCGUGUUUGCGUGAUGCUUUUUAAACAUAUUUUCUUACGCAAUAGUAGGUAUCUUUUGGUACUGGAAAUUGUUUGAAUAAUUUUGAAAGAAUUAAACAGCUAUUGUUAACCAGCUAUAGAUUGAAAGAAAGGCAUAAUAAUAGAUCAAUGGCAGCCAGCAAUAAUUUUUAUUAGAUGACGGUUGCGAAUAUGUUAAAGUCACUUUCUCCACGUGAAGCUGUACUCUUUUGAAAAUGCUGAUCAAUAGUCUAAUGAAAUCGAUGAAAUUAAUUUACCGAUCUUACUUCUAUUUUUAUGUUUAUUCUUGAUUUUUACAUGAAAUGCUCGUUGAUCGAGCAGUACGUUACUACCCGAUUUGUGGAUCAAGAUUAAUUUUAUCGAUCUCGAUAACGCCAGUUAUCAUUCCGAGUAGCCCAAAAAAGUACAGCGGUGAUAAUGUUAAAAAUUCACAAAAUAUUUUUUAUAAACUUAUUGUUUUCAAUAUUUGCUCGAUAUCAACAUAUCGCUGUUAUAUUAAUUAAAGAUAUAUUUAAAUAUACACAGGUACACAUAAAACGCAUAAUCAUUUAAAAGCGAGAAAAUGUAUAGUUAAGGGAGUUCGAUAUGUAUAAUUUCAAGGAAUCGAUUCAUUACGUUUUGUCAUAGAAUUUCCUGCUCAAUAAGCUUUGUUGCAUUAACCUUUUACCGCAUGGUUACCUUUUUAAGAAAACAUCUGAUCUAGAAAAUGAAAUUUGACGUUGUGAUUAUAAAAAAUGAAUCCCAGAAAUACUUUCUUAUACUUUUAGUACCAAUAAUUCUUUAUGCAACAAUAACAUUUACAAAAAGUAUAAUAAUACAUAGUAAGAAUUGUAUCAUAAAAAAGCACAUCACAUUUUAUGUAAUGAAACACAGUUUACAACAUAAUUUGUAACAUAUUUCAUAAUUAGUACUUUAUACUGAUGACAGUUAAAAAAUAAAAUGUUUGGUCUAUCAUACGUGAUGUAUUAUGCGAUCAGAGGUUAAUGCAAUUUUUAGGACCCAAUACAUCUAUAGGACAUUUCAUGUUUCGUAUUAAAUGCUUGAGCUAAACAAUCUUUAUGUUGCAGUUGUAAAAAAAUUACGUUAAAAGGAAAACGAGAAAAAGAAGGAAACCGGAAAUCAUUUUCAAAAUAAGUAGUAACUCGAUUCAUGUUUAAUAGGGUAACUACCGAAACAAAUUUGUGUCGCUGUCCUACUCCUCCCAAGAUGAAAAUGUGUAUAAUAUAAUACAGGAUGUUUGCAUUGUUAGGUUCUUUUUUAUGAAACAUUAAACACGGGAUCAAACGUGAAGUACGCGAUGUGAAAAAUUGGAUUGUAUCUGAACUUCAUUAAAACUUUUCAAACAGGCAUAACAGAUUAUUCUUUCGUUAAAAAUUAAUUCUUCGAACGUUUUAAAACGAUUUCAAAAUUUAUGUUCUUGAACUUCGAUUAAAUUACUUGUUAACAAGUUUAAACACGUUCAGUUACUUGUAACAUACUUGUGAAAUUUAUCACAUUUAGUCAUCUUAAUGAUGAUUAAUUUUUUAAUCCUUUUCCUUCUGUGAAACUAUUUUUACUAUUUGAAUAUUUCUUUUUUAACAUUACCGAAACAUUUAAGGGCUUUCAAUAGAUUCUAAGAACCGUUGGAAACAUGUAAUUUGUCAUUCAUGAUUUUCAAAAUAUAACUUGAAAAGUUUUGGAAAGCUUUAAUAAAAAUUCUGGCGCUUCGUAAAAUAAGUUGCAAUGCUUAUUUAUUUCCAUAAAACAAACAUUUCAAAUCUUUAAUAUUCGAUGGAACGUUUGUUAAUGAAGACCAAAGUAUAUUUA